UAAAUUUUUGUUCUUUGUGUUUACUUUUGGAAUGAUUGUUGUUUUUUUUUUAAUUGUUUACAAUUUAUUUUAAUCUUCAUUUGAAUUUUGGUUUUUUAAUCAUUUGCAUGAAUUUGUGUUCCUUUGGUUUUCUAUUGAAAAUUUGGACUAUUCUUUCUUGAUUUUUUACCAAUGGAGGGAACUCAAUGUCCGAUUUGUGGUAAACAUUUAACUGGAACCGUUGAAGAGACUACUCAUCAUGUUAAUUUGUGUAUUGACAAUUCACAGAGUUUAGAUUUGAUUGGAAACCUUUUCACAAAUGAAUUGAAUGCUGCUACUGUUGGUGGUACAAGAAAAUUUGGCUACUGUCCUGUUUGUUAUAAAUUAACUGGAGUUACUGCUCAGCAUAUUAAAUCUUGUGGUAAAUCAAAAGGUAUUGAAACUAAAGAGUUGAUUGUUAUGUGUGCACCAGAUCCUAUGGAAGAUUUUGGUAAAAAGGGAAAAGGUGGUAAAAAAGGUAACCAGGGAAAAACUAAAAAAGAACUUGAUAAUAACCCUUUUGGCCCUGGUUGUACCAAAGAAUGUGAUGCUGACCCGAAAAAAGCUUCAAAUGGUGGAAGUAAAUUAAAACAACCAACCGAAUUUCUAUUUAAACCAACCAAACCAAGUCAAGCGAAAAAGUUGAUUGCUCCGAAAGAGAAAAAACCAAGGAAAACAAAACCUAAAGUGACCGCAGUUCGAAAGGGUAAAGUUAAUUCUAAUCAGCUGAUAUUACAACCAAGUAAAAGUGGAUUAAUCCUUAAAAUGGGUAAACCUAUUGGUAUUUCCAAAGGUGAACUAUUUAAACUGAGCGAGGAAGAGAAACAAGAAAUAAUCAAGAAGCGAAUUGAAAAUAUAUUAUCGAAUACUAUUCAUCCAAACAAUUGCAUCUCAACCUAUUUCCAAACUGAUUUACCAGUUUCAUGGACAAAAGCAUCUUUAACUUGUUCAAAAUUAAAUUUCAUCGUCGAGGGUUUUGAAAGAUUUUGUUCUAUUGAAAAAUUCCAAGAAUCACCAACAAAAUGUUCAGAUGAUAUUCAAAAAUGAGAAAUAAUUGAUUGGACCUGAUUUCCGAUGAUUAUGAUUAUGAAAGCAAAAAAGAAAACCAAUCAAAUUUUGUUAUUUUAAAUGCAUGUUCAUUAUCAUCAAAUGUUCUGAUUCAUCAAUCAAAUUCACAAUCAGAAGCAACAUUGAUUUAAUCAAUCACUUAAUCGAUCAAUUCUUCCACUGAUUGCAUGUACAUCAGAUUUAUCGAUUUCAAUUUGAUUUAAUCAAAUUUAACAGAAACAAUCAAAUGUAAAAUAAUGUAAAAUUUUAUGAGAAAGACGAGAAACAAUCAAUUGAUAUAUAAUCACAUUUUAUAUUUAUGAUUUCUAUUCAAUUACUGGUUAACUGAACCAAAAAUCAGGAAAAAUAAACUUGUAAUUAUAAUUACAAAUCAA